AUGGCUUCCUCCUCCUCCUUUGCUAAGGAAAGAUCAACUGCAUCUUCUAAACAAUACGAUGCAUUCAUCAGCCACCGAGGCCCUGACGUCAAAGAAACCCUUGCUAAACAACUCUAUGAGGAUCUUAAGGCUAGACAGUCCGGGGCAUUUCUAGACCGUCAAGAGAUAGAAGGGGGAGAUUCUAUUACAUCUGCCAUUGAAAAUGCCAUACGCUCAUCUGUUGUGCAAAUAGCCAUUUUUUCUAAAAGAUAUGCAGAGUCAAAGUGGUGUUUAGAGGAGCUUGUCCUUAUGUUACAACAAACUGAUGCCCUCUUUAUUCCUGUCUUCUACGAUGUCGAGCCCUGGGAGCUUCGCCACAUAGAGAACAACAAGUCUCAGUAUGCUGCGGCAUUUUCUGACUAUCGAAGGAAUGGCAGGAAUGUUGAUAAACAGCAGGGACGGCAGGGAUCUUUGGCCUUGGCGGGGUUGGCAAGAGAAUUGUUUAACAGGAAGCGUUCAAGUUACGGUGCAUCAUCCUUUCUCUCUGAUGUCAGAGAAUCACAUGCCAAAGGUAAAUUGCACUACUUGCAAAGUCAGCUAUUAAAAGAUCUUUUCCCUGAAGAUCAAAAGAAUAAAGAUUUAGAUAUUAGGAGUGUGGAUCAAGGAAUCGGAGAGUUAAAGGAUCGUCUGGGAAGGGCAAGGCAUUUGCAUUUCCUUAUAAUCCUAGAUGAUAUCGAUCAAGAGAACCAGUUAGACGCCCUAUUACCUGAAGGUGUACUGGGUUCUGGUAGCCUGGUAAUUAUUACAACCCGUGACCAGAGUGUGUUAAGGGGUGCAGAUAUCCGUUAUAAGAUGAAGGGAAUGGAUAAGGAUCAUGCUAAGGAGCUUUUCUGUAAACAUGCUUUUCGUGGAUGUGAUCCACCCGAUGCAUAUAAGAAAUUAAUUGAAAGCUUCGUGGAAUUCUGUGGAGGUUUGCCCCUCUCACUGAAAGUUCUGGGCGCCCAUGUUUAUCGUAGGGAUGAGCAUUAUUGGGAGCUAGAAUUGAAAAAAGUUAAGCAAAUCCAGCCUAUGGAUAUAAUGCAAAGGCUUAAAAUUAGCUUUGAUGGCCUGGACAGAAAGGAGAAACAGAUAUUUAUUGAUAUAGCUUGUCUUUUCAAUAAGAAAGAAAUACCUGAAGUGGAAAGGGGAGUUAGAGUUGUAGAUUAUAUGCCUAUAAAAGAUAAAGCUAUAUCAAUCUGGAAGGCGUCCGGUUGGAGCGCAGAGCAUGCAGUUCAAACCCUGCAAGAUAAGUGCCUAGUCGAAGUGGUUAUGGGUUUUAAAUACCCACUCUUUCAUAUGCAUAAUCACCUCCGCGAUCUGGGAAGACAAAUGGCAGAUGAGUUGGGCCCUCCUCGACUGUGGAGACCAGACAUUCUCAAAUCUAUGGAAGAAAUAGGAUUUCAACAAAUCCUAGAAGAAAGAAAGGGCAGGAGUUUCCAGUCAUUCUGGGAUUUGGCGCUUGAACAAAAAAUUACUUAUUUUAUAGCAGAGACUGGCCUCCUGUGGCUUGAAAUUAGACCUAGCUUUGUAUUAAAAAAAAUUUCUUCACGAAUUCCUUCCUGGAUUCCUCUACAGAAAUUGUACUUUUUAAAUGUUUGGGAAGUGGAAGAAUUUUGGAGCAUAUUCGAGCAACAGUUCCAGACCAAUAUGCAGGCCAGUUUCGAGCUGAGAAAGUUAUGGAUUUGGGACUCUCCCUCUUUGGGAAAGCUUCCAGAAUCAAUGGCAAUGUUCAGGCAUUUGGAAGAAUUACGUAUAUGCACCGAGGAGUACGGCUUCUGCAGAGGGAGUUUUGAUCUGAGCAAAUCUGUGGCUUCAACUGAUUUGGAUUCUUCUGCAAGCAGCUUCAUGGUUAGACUUGAAAAAAUAGAUCUCAGUGGUCCUAAUAAUAUAUCAAAGUUGCUAAUUAGUGGAGAAAUUUGUCCCAUACUUCGAUCAGUGAAAGUUGGGUGGAUGGAAAAUUUAAAAGAAAUGGACUUAAAGCAGCUAGAGAUACUAAAUACUCUUACAGUGUAUCAAUGUUCGAAAUUGGAAACAAUGUCAGGCUUAUCUACUCUACAUCGUCUGGAGGAAAUCAUCAUAGAAGGAUGUGGUCAGCUGCAACACGUAGAAGGGGUGGAAGAGUUGCCAGGAUUGAAAAGUCUGGUAGUUGAAAUGCCUGACGAUGGAUGUGCAUGGGUGCGGAAUUACAUUCAUGGAUUGGAGAUGCUGCCGUUGAAGAAAAUCAUUUUGAUACAGCAGGCAAUGGGUGAAGCAUCAUCCAAAUUUAAUGCAAAUAUCUUUUCUGACGUGAUCGGUGCCCAAGCAAUCUCAGAGAUUGGGAGAGAAGAGUAUACACAAUAUGAUAGCAAGGUGAAGAUGAAGAGCUCAUCGAGCGAAAUCACAAUAUAUGCUUUUCUUGCAACAUCACUGCAGGAUGGUCUAACAUUUAAGUUCGAUGAAAUCGAAUAUUGGUUGCCAUCUCAAGGGGAUGUGUUAAUUACAGUUUUACUCAACAAACAUGAUAGUGAAGGUAGACUAGUGAGCGUGACAAUAAAGAAGGGGUUUAAGGUCACAUUGAAAGUUGGGGAAGAAGGCAAAGCUUUAGCUAUAUUACAAAGAAUUGUUGAUCGAUUAUACAGAUAA